UUACUGGUUUCUUGUCAUGCAACUGUGGGGGUAUUUCGAAAAAGUAGCUCCCCUAACAAAACCGUGUGGAGUUCUUUGAGUAGGUAUUUUAUGUGUAUCCGACUCCUUAAUUGAGGAUGAGUUCUACUGCUGUGAACGAUGAAAAUCGUGGGGUUUGUCCUGGAAGAAAGCACAGCAAUUCUGAGACAAGUUGUGACAUAUUUUCCUUGGAUCAGCCGACUGGCAGGCCUUCCAUCCUUCGCCAGUCUCAAGCUGAGAACCUGUCGAACAAAACUACAGCAAAGGGAGGAAAGGUUUGUUUUCAGACUCCAAGAAGAGACCCUGUCACAAAGAGAAUAGUAUCACCAACAAAGUCUGUCAAGAUGGCAUGCGACAAUGAGUCUCUACACAUUUCUACUACUGAAUAUGUCUUGCCUCAGGAAAUCAAUAACCUGACAAAAUCAGACUCCACAGCGGUGUCAUCCUAUCCUGAUGAUGAAAUGCCGAUUCAGAGUAAAGGAGGUUAUCAAAUCGAUUUUGACAACCUUGAUUCCAUCAAUCCCUUCCAAGUGUCAGCUAAAAUGGUCCCCUCUCCAGCCGGACACAGUGAAGUGGUUGAACCCCAAGAGACUCCAGGACACAAUGAACUUGAUGUAAUUGAAACCGUUUCUCCUUUAACUCAGUCUGACAAGAUUGAAAUGGCGCUGGAUGAGACACUCCCCUUCAUCCCAUCAGCUGAAAAUUCUUUUGGAGACAUCUCUACCAGUAUACAGUCCUCAGAUAGCAGUGUGAUUACCAUGAUAAAGGAUCCAGCCAAUGAGUUAUCUAAUGUUGAGGAGUUUGUACAAGCAUCCGUAAACCUUAACCCCGAGGGAGCUGCGGCCCUGGCCUCCGAGGGAGCUGCGGCCCUGGCCUCCGAGGGAGCUGCGGCCCUGGCCUCCGAGGGAGCUGCGGCCCUGGCCUCCGAGGGAGCUGCGGCCCUGGCCUCCGAGGGAGCUGCGGCCCUGGCCUCCGAGGGAGCUGCGGCCCUGGCCUCCGAGGGAGCUGCGGCCCUGGCCUCCGAGGGAGCUGCGGCCCUGGCCUCCGAGGGAGCUGCGGCCCUGGCCUCCGAGGGAGCUGCGGCCCUGGCCUCCGAGGGAGCUGCGGCCCUGGCCUCCGAGGGAGCUGCGGCCCUGGCCUCCGAGGGAGCUGCGGCCCUGGCCUCCGAGGGAGCUGCGGCCCUGGCCUCCGAGGGAGCUGCGGCCCUGUCCAAUGGUUCUUACAAAUUAGAUUUUGAUGACCUUGAUUCAAUCAACCCUUUCCAAACAGGAGGCUCCAAAAUUCAGAAUUCACCCAUUCUUGGCAGAAAGUUGCCAUGCGAUGCUCCUCCAAGGGUGGAAGAUCAUAACCUUGCGGUGAAAGAAAUGGAACCAGCAACAACAGUUGCGGUAGCUCCUGUAGUCCAAGAGGCACUUUCCCAGGCAGAGAUGAAACCUGCUCCCAAGGAGGCCAGCAGGCUAGCUAGUGACCCUCUGCUUGAGCCCAGUACAUCCCUUCCCAAGGAUGGCCCAGUGAAGCUCGAGUUCAAUUUUGAUGAUGACAAGGUUAAGCGUAGGCCAAUGCCUAAAAAGUUUGGCAAAAGGACUGUUGGUGUGAAGGCUGUACCCGCAGAGAAGAGAGAACCUGCUCCACCCAAGGAAUCUCCGUUAAAGCCCGUGUUCGAUAACAAUACUGAAGUUCCUGUUCCCGUGGGUUCUUACAGUUUUGAAUCAACGUUUGAUGACCCGAACUUCAAUCCAUUUGGUGCAAAUGCAAAAAUGGUUGACUCUCCAGUCUGCCAGGUAAAAUCCAUUCCACAUGCCAAGGCAACCACUUCAGUCACAGUGGUUACCUCCUGUGAGGAUAUUGUAGAGCCUGUUCAGAAUCAAACUGCACCGUUGCCAUGUGUUCAUGAUGCCGGAGAAGAAAUGUCAAGUACUGACGCUGGUUUUUCUAACAUAAAAGUAAUUAAAAGCAUUCCCCAGGAUCAGAAGUUUCAGAUGGACUCUUGUGAAGUUCAGGUGUCUUCUGUCAAUGAGAGAGAACUUCUAACUAAACCUGACCAACCUUCACUGAGCCCUCAAGAACCUUUUGAGCAAAGCCAAUUCGAGCAUAACUCUCAGAAUGGCGUAUCAGAAUUUGAGGAGUUUGUUCCAGGAACCACAUUCAUGGCAAAUGACUUUGAUGGCGAGAUGGACUACUUGGAGCAGUUUGGUUCCAGUAAUUUCAAGGAGUCAGCACUGAGGAAACAAUCACUGUACCUUAAAUUUGACCCUCUACUGAGAGAGAGUCCUAAGAAGUCUGGAGCCCCUGCAGGACUCGACCUCCCUCGAAUUCCUCCCGUUGCUUUGCGUAUGGACACCCAGAGGCCUGGAACCAAGGAUGUGGUGAAUGGGUUGAAAUCUGUCCACUCCAGAAUUCUUGAUGUCCCACCUCCUGUUCACGUUGUGGGUCCUCUGAAUCCUUUUGUGCAGAACUCUAUGUUUGAAAAUAUGGACCCAAAUUUCCCUCCACCAGCCAAUACUGACGAUAACAUCAUAGAGGUGCUGAAAUACAGUCAGUGGGACAUGGAUGCUGCCAUUGCCAAGAUCCAGAAAGAAGCAAAGGAGAGAGAGGAUGAAUGGAAGGCAAAGUAUGAAAAGCUGUCUCUGGAUAAUCAUGAAAUGGGAAAAAUUAUGUCUGAAUUUGAAGCAACAAUCUCUCAGAUACUGGCUGAAAAACAAAAAGAAAAGGAAAUGGCCCAGGCUGAGAUUACUCAGGUUCUGCAAGAGAAGGAGCAGGUAUCACAGGACCUGAGUGCAAUGGAAAGAUCCUUCUCUGAUCUCUUCAAGAGACUGGAUAAGUACAAAGAAGUCAUCGAGGGUUAUAAGCAGAAUGAAGAGAUGCUGAAGAAAUGUGCUCAAGAUUACCUGGCUAGGAUCAAAAAGGAGGAACAGCGCUACCAGACCCUGAAAGCCCACGCUGAGCAGAAAAUUGGCCUGGCGAAUAAAGAAAUUGCUGAAGUCCGGUCUAAACUAAAGUCAGAGGUCUCAGCACUGCAGGCCCAGCUGCGCAGGGAACAGCUAAAAGCCCAGUCACUGGAGAAUAGCCUCGACCAGAAAGUAAAGGAGACUGAGGAACUCACAAAUCUUUGCGACGAACUCAUUGCAAAAGUGCAGAAGGGCUGAGUUUAGCUGUACGUCCUUGUCUUUUCUGCUGUAGUUCACAAAUGUUUCCAAUGUGAUCCUUCUGAUAAACAUCUGUCAAUUUCUCAAGUUGCAUUGUAAAUAAAACUUGCUGCUCUUGGUGAUCAAGCAUUCUAAUAUUACUUCACUAACACCUAUCUCAGAGUAAUUUGUUGGUAUGUCUUAUCAAUGUUGUCUUGUCAUUUCUCCUCUUACUGUAAUAAAAUUGUUUUACUCAUGUUA